UCUUGGGCCCCCCUCCCUGUUGUGUAUGAUAUUUUUAAGGGUGAUUUGAAAUUGUAUUUCAAGCUGAAAGGCAUAUGAAGUACACUGAGCAAGAAUCGUUAAACAUUUGUUAUUAUUAGGGUAAUUUUCAUAAAUGGAUGUUGGACGUGCUCUUCGUAAUACAUCAAAAGGGCAGCUGAAAUAUGAUAGAUAUUGGAUUGAAGAAGGGAGAACAAAGGAAAUUCUGGACGGCAUUUCUCAUUAUUCUUCCAACAUAGCGAUAAAUAUUAGUCCUAAGAUUUUGUCAUCUAUAGCGAGUGAUAUCGCUAAAGGAGAGAAGCGAGAAAAUGAAGAGGAGGAGGGAAAAAUAUAUGAAAAACCAAAUGUAAACACUCCCAAAAGUGCGUCUGAUGUAGCUGAUUCUUAUUUUUAUGAAAUACAAUUAGAGACUGAGCUUCCGAUUAUAGAAUAUGAAGGAGAAAGAUUGAAGUCUAUUCAGGAUAUAUUUAAUAUUAAGAAGUCUGAAUAUGACAAUUAUUCAAAAGAAGUUGACCAGCAGAUUGAACAAGAAUAUCAACUUCUGAGAAGGAAAAAUGAUCUGGAUGCAAAAAGAAGAGCAGCCAUUUUGCAGAAAAUUGAGGAAGCUGUUCUGCAAGAAGCAAGGGAAAAAUGGCUUCUACAAAGAGAACAUUAUCAGUCACAUGUGAAGAAGCUGAGUGCCAAAGUGCAAGAAGCAGAACUGAAGCAAAAAAAGAUAGAAGAAGAAUUAAAGAAAAGGGUGAAGGAGCAACAAGAGCUGAAAUUUCAGCUUACUAACUGUGAAAAAGAAGCUGAAAGUUUAGUUUCAAAGGCAAUAGAAAAACUACAGUCAUGUGAACAAUCUAAGUAUCUGCGUAUUCCAUCUAAUGACCGUAUCAAUCAUAUGAAAAAAGUUAUCAGUGAUAUUAAAAAUUUGUCUGACGAAUCAGAGACUAAGGAUUUGACUAUUGAUGAUAUAUUAAAUGCUAACAUCUUAGUAAAAGGAAUAUAUGAAACUCUCCAGGAUAUAACAAAUGAUAUAGAGUUUGCUAAAAUCAGAGCAGUGCAGGAACAGGAAGAACAGGCAAAAGUAUCACAGGAAACAGCUACUCAGAAUGAGAAUAGUGAGAUCAGUAAUGGUAUUUGUUCUUCGAUGGAUGAAACUGUUUCAAAAAGUGAAACUGCGGAAGUACUCACUGUUUCUGGUUCACAGAAGAAAAUUAAUGCUGAAAUGCCUGCAAAAAAUAAAAUAAAUACAGAAGCUAAAAUUAUACUAGCAAAGUUUAUAGCUUCUGAUGCUGCAGAAGAUUACCACAGAAUAAUGGAAAAUCUGGAGCUUACAGAUAAAAAAGUAAAGGCAUUUGCAAAUGAUGCUCAAAAUAAGAAGUAUUGCUUUGAACUGAGAAAAGCUAUAACCCUUCCUAUUAAUGCUGUAUCAUCUUUUUCUGGUUCACAUGUGAAAGAUAAAAUAAAUCGCAUCCUCUCAAUUUUAAGGAGUAAAUCUUCAACUGAGAAUAGCAAAUCUGUUGCUUAUAGUUUCUGUGUUUAUUUAGUUGCAAAACAGUUUGUGGAACAAGCAGAUCGCCAGAUUUCAGCCCAACAUUCUACAGCUUUUCCUACAGCAUUAGCAAUUGUUGGUGUCUGGAUGCAAAAACCUGAUGUUGGAUUACUCAUUUUAGGCCAUUUAUAUUCCAGUUGCCCUUAUUUAGUGCCUUAUUAUCCAUCUCGAGAGAAGGACCAAUCUGAUAAGGAUUAUUAUAAAAAAUUGGGCUACAGAUUUGACAGAGAUGAUAAUAUGGAGGAAAAAUACAAAUUUUUGAAUCGAAUGAGUGGCUACAUGAGACUUUAUGCUGCAAUCAUACAGUCUCCCUUACCUCCAAAUUCAAAAUCAUCUCAUCCACAUGGCAUCGAAUGGGGAUGGAAAUGGUUAUCCCGCACACUGAACAUGGAACCUCGUGCAGAUAUUACAGCUACUCUCAUUUUCGACUUUUUAGAUGUUACAGGACAUGCUUUGCAAAUGGUAUAUAAGAAACAGUUCAAGAAAAUAUUACAUAUAUUAUGCAAAGACUACUUUCAAAAGAUAAAAAAAGUUACACCUGGGGAUUCUGGAGGCCCAGUGGAAAGGCUUGAAAAUUUCUUACAACAGACUGUUAAGAAAGGAUAUGUGUCACCUCCAGAAGGGUUUUUAGGUUCUGAAUUUUGGAAUAGUUGAUGAUGAAGAGCUCAUUUUUAAUUUUAAAAAAUCUGUAAUAUUAUGUUAAAACUUUAGUUUGUUAAUAUCGUACCUAAAAACAGAAAAGCUGUGUGUUUUGUAUUCUGUCUUAUAGAAAGUUAGAAGGAUGUUUAGGAUGGGAUAUUUCAGGCAGUUUUUCUCUCUUUUAUAUGCAGCUAUUUAUGGUAUGAAUUCUUGUAGAAGAAUUAUAAUGGUAUCUCAUUAUUUAUUAAAUUUUAAUGACUUAUGAUGGAGAUGAUAAAAUAUGUUGAAAACAUUGUACAGAGCAUGAAAUCAUAUUAAAAAUGUCAGAACUUGCAUAAUGGAUUCUGAGCAUUAAAAUUGUGAAAAGUUUCUAUAUGAAUAGUUUGAUUUUCUUCUUCUGUUGGUGCAGAUAAAAUAUAUUCUCACAAAAUAAAUUGUUUACUUUUUUGAAAAUGUAUAAAGAUCUGAAAAUAUGAAUUUCUGUUAUAUUAAACUAUGAAUGAAAAACUAUGAAAAUGUUAAAACUAUGAAUUUCUGUUAUAUUGUUUGUACUUGCAGUUAGCUCUGUAUUUAAAUACUCAAAACUGUUUAUUCAUAAUGUCUGCCAUUUCACAUAAAUUCAUUAGACUGUUUUCAGUGUACAUUUCUCUCUAAUUCAGCUCUUUUUCUCAAGUUCUGAUGGAUCACAUCAGAUUUUAAGAAAUGAGCUUUUAUGCAUUUUUAAAGAUUUUUGUUCUGCCCUUUGUUUACUGAUUUAACCUGUGAAGCUUGACCAUAAUUUUCAUGAUUAACAUUGCAUUAAUGCUUAAUUAAUAUAGCUGGCAUGCAUAACUUCAGAGAGAUCUUUUUCCAUGCUUUCUUAAAAUAGUUUGAAUUUUUAAUCUUUUGAUGAGAUCAUUAAUUAUGAUAAUUGAGAUAAAUUUUGUCAUUGAUUUAAAGAUGUCUUUAAUUUUUUAAUUAGCUACUUAUUUUUCUUUUCCUUUUUUGAUUUCUCAAAUACAAUCAUGUUUUAUUUUAAUGAUUUUUAAUUGUAUUUUUUUCCUUUACACUGCAAUAAACAAACUGCAGCCUGGUUAAUCCAUCCCCUUCAUAAUUGAGGCUGACUGUAGUUGUUAGCAAAAACUUAUUUACCAACAAAUAAUAUAAUGCUAUACCAACUAAUAAUGUGAUACUAGUAUUUCUUUUAUUCAAAAUUUCCAGUAUAAUGUAUCAGAAAUUGUGUGUCCUUAUUUUUAUGAAAUAUGAAAUUAAUAUUUUCAGAUAAUCAUGUAAUUUUUCUAAAACUAGAUCAUCGUGUUUUGAAAUAUGUGUGUAACUUAUCUGUCUUCUCAUUUGAGUCUUGUAUACAUUAUUACAGUCAAACUCCACUAUAAUAAACUUCAAGGGACCAGAGGUUUGAUUAAUGUAUCCAGUUUAAUAGAAAAAAUGGAUUAUCUUAUAACAAAUUGUAAAAACUUCUUCAUGAAUAGAAAAACAUUAACAUUGUCACAUUUACAAAAGAGGUGAAUAAUAAGUGUUAUAAAAAAUUAUUAAGGUUUAAUUACAAAUAUUGCUACAUACAGUUACAGUACAAAGUCCAAUAGCUAGACUACCAGCAUUUCCCCCCCCAAAAAAAAAUUGGGAAUGGAGAAUACAAUACUCCAAAAAAAGCAGGUGUGCUAUGAAAGCAAUUUCCCCCUCUGGCUAACUGAGAUUCCUCUAUGUUAUUUUUAAACACCCGCUGGCUAAAGAAUCGCUUCAUAAUGCAUUGAUUGACUUUAACCACAAUCACACGUUUGGCUGGCUCGCUCUUGGCUCAAGUAUUGUGAAGGUGCAAUGUAUCUCAACUAAGCAAUAAGUGAAGCCCAAAACAUAUUUGAUGAAAGUCUUUCCACUGAAAGUUUUUCUUCCAUACCUUAUAAUUAUUAAGAAACAAGAAAAAUUUUAAAACAAUUUAACUUUUGAAAUUUUCCUCUUGCCAAAAGCCUAUGAUGCUCAGAUGCACAAGAAUUGUGAUUGCACUUUGGCAAAUUUUUGACCGCCAGUUUGCUUCUUCUUCAAUCUUUCAAUGUUUAAUUUCAUUUCAUCUUUUAAAACAACUGAGCUUUGAAGGUGUUAAAAAUGCCUUUUUCUCUUUGUACUGGCAAAAGACGUCAUCUCUCAAAUUUCCCCCCCCCCCAAUUUCUUGACAUCAAAUUUUGAAAUCUUUCUAAACCUCCAAUAGUCUUCCAAGAGAAAGGGUUCUGUCAUUUCUUGAACCUAUUCAACUUGUCACUUAAGAACAAAAA